GUUGUUACUCCAUACGUGCAUGUUAGAUAUUCUGUUCUCAUGUCUAGUUUCAUGUUGUGUAGAAAUACAGAGAAUGAGAUAGGAGAUUGGAAGCAAGAAUAAUGGAUGUGGUUGCUUGAAAAGGAACAAAAAGAAAAUGGCUGUUACCUUACACACAGAUUUAGGAGACAUCAAAGUUGAAUUGUUUUGUGAGGAAACUCCAAACACGUGCGAGAAUUUUUUAGCAUUAUGCGCCAGCGGAUAUUAUAACGACUGUCUCUUCCACAGAAAUAUUAAAGGAUUUAUGAUACAAACUGGUGAUCCGACAGGUACUGGUAAAGGUGGAAAGAGUAUAUGGGGUGGCAAAUUUGCUGACGAAAUUGUUCCGUAUUUAAAGCAUAAUGUAAGAGGGAUACUGUCCAUGGCAAAUAGUGGCGUGGAUACAAAUGGAAGCCAAUUUUUUAUAACGUAUGCCAAACAGCCGCAUCUUGACAUGAAAUACACUAUCUUUGGGAAAGUGCUAGAUGGUUUUGAUGUUUUGGACGACUUAGAAAAGCUACAGGUCAAUGAGAAAAACUUUCGACCUGUUGAUCAAAUCAGAAUAAGAAGCGUUACUAUUCAUGCAAACCCAUUAGCAGGGUAAAAGGAAGUACUCUGUAAUUUAUAAUAUUUGGUUUUUAAUACAUUAAAAUCACAUGUAUGAAAUACUGUUA